AGGAGGGGGGGAAAGAAAACAAACUGGGCUCUUUUUUUGUGCUUCCCGUUCUCUGGUGUUGGCGAUUCCUUAACGGUUGAUGUCAGCGUCACAUACCUCGAGUAGCGUACAACGGACCGUACCAGAAACACGUUUCCUUGAGUAACACGGAGGAACAAAUCGCUAUUGUGCCUCCGUGUGUGUUGUUUCAUACAUUCUCGUUGUCUUCCCGACUCAUAUUAUCAAGAUUUUUUUCUUUCCUUCUUCUUCGCUCUUCGGCGCGCUGCUACGACACGUUUUAUUAUAAUUAUUUUUGCCACUACUAUUAUUGUUAAACAGUUGGAGAGAACCCCGCCCCGUAGUGUUUCGAGUCCCUCAAGCGGCAAAAGUGGAAUUGAUCGAUUACAAUUAUUGCUAGCACCGGACCUUGCUUUUACCCCGGCAUGCACACACUCACCCCCACAAAGAACAAAGCCACCCUCAGAUAAGCUAUUAUAUAUAUAUACAUACCCACUCUCACAACCUAUAAAGGAGCUUCUCUCAAAACACUUACCUUGCCAAAUUCUAAUAAAGAAAAGGGAGUUUUCCGACGUCGUAUUUUCUUUUUUGUUGUUGUUUGUCCUCAUUUUAGUACUAUAUAUCUCCUUUUUUUUUACUAACGAACGUCUGGCUCUUCUCUCAGCACACACGCUAACCUUGUCAUCGUUUAUACACUGCACAACGUGAAACAACUGUUUAGCGCCGUCAAACUGCGAUAUAGCGAUACUGAAAGAGACCAGAAAAAUCAAGGUUAUUUGCGACAUAUUGUUGAAGCAGUGUAGGACGACUAUUCCGUGGCAUUUUAUUCUUUUGUUUCGUUUUUUUUGCUGGACACCGAACGUGAAGCGACCAGUUUUCCUCCCAAUACUGUGCGUUCCUCUGUGUCCUUUGAAUAGGUCGGUGCUGAUCAACGCAUUGUGUUUGCGGCUUUCUUGCCGGAGUAUUUCGUGAGCCCCACGCUGCCAAACGUUGUUUGUAUCGUUGUGGGAGCUUUGGCGUUGCUCGAUCAAGAAAAAAAACCUGCGUUCUUCUUCGCAUAGCUCUGACGUUGCGACUAGCACACUUCACCCCAACAGUGUCAAUAACGGCGAAGGAAGAGCAAACAAACAGGUAGUACUUGAGGGUCAGUAAUACGAUCAUGUCUGACCAAGUAGAAUCAAAGGCGGCGCAGGAGAAAGCACCCGCCGCGAGUGCUGCAGCCACGCGAGCGUCGCCACCACCGCCACCGCACGAAAUCGGCGACGUGGACAAUCGUGGUACGCCUCCGCUCGCCAACGCGUCGUCCUACAGCAUCGGCAGCUCCUCGCACGAUGGCUCGCCUCUUCUCGCGGCACAGGCACGCCUGGCCUCCGCCAUCUUCCAGCGCGAAACAAGCACCUUCCGCAAUGACGGGACCGAAAGCAAAAGCCUUUUCCGCUACGAAUUACCGGAGUUCUCCACCGUCUCUCUCAUCACGGUGUGGGGCGUCGACUGCGUCGCUGGACUUUUCUGCCUGCUGCUCUGCGACCUGUACGUGAAUGAGACGGCGGAGUUUCCGCUGACCUUCUUCUUGGCUCUUGGCGCGCAGCUGAACCUCCUCGCCGGCGUCUUUGUGUACCUGCUCGGUCGCAGCAUGUUCGGCGCCAGCGUCUAUCGCUUCUACCAACCUUUCACCGGAGGGGUGCGCUUCGUGACUCUUCAGUUUUUCGGCGUGAUGUCCGUGGCCUCCUCGCUGCUGUUCUGCGCAGGCUUUGGACUGCUCUACGAUCCGAACGAGGUUCACACCCACGGCUUCCUCAGCACCGUGGCCACCUUGGCACUUUUUGGCAACAUCCUCACGUUGGCUUCGCUGCGCAGCUUUACCCCAUACAGCAAGCACGCAGAGACGCCUGUGCCCGCGGCCUCCAGGGGCUCGGCACACACCGCUGAGCCACGCAGUGGCGCUGCUGUGCUGGCAGAGGGCGGCCUAAACGCAGUGCUUCGUUUCCUCUGCCGCCGGCCCAAUACGGAGAGCGCGCUGCAGGUGGCAAUGCUGGUGGCCCAAAACUUGCUCAGCUGCGUUGCGAUCAGCUUCCCGCAGCUGCAGUACACCAUCUUUGUCUUCAACUUCGCCAUCACCAUCGCGUGCGGCGUUCUCAGCAUCUUCUUCGUCAGCUACCGCAAAGGCAGGGGCUACACCGGUCUGCGCCUUUUCUUGCCCCGCACCUGGGACGCGGUGAUUCUGUGGGUGACGCGGCUGUUCUACAUACUCGCCCUCUUCGCCAACACGCUGCUCAUCGACGCCAGCGAUGAGACGGUGCAGUCGUCGUCUGUGCUGGCGGUGCAGGGUCUGAACGUGGUCAGCUGCAUCGCUCUGCUUCUCUUCAUGCGCACCCUCCACUACGAGACCUUCAGCGACGCGAGCGCGAUGCCCAGCAGCGUCUUUGAACUUGGCGGGGUGGUGACGGUGGCGAGUUGCUUCGUCGUGGCGUGCGUGAACAUCGGCAUCUUCUUCUACGUCCAGAACUUCCCGGCGGGGCUGGAGGAGGUGAUCGAGGGCACGUCGUGGACCUACCGCGGCGUGCUCAUCUUUGUCUCGCAGGUGGCGCAGCUCGUCUCGCUGCUGCCGACGCCGCUGGUGUACAUGGCCGGUGUGAUCAUCCACGGUGAGCGCUUCCAAACCCUGACACCGCAGCGCGAGGCCGCCACGUUCCCCGUGCUCAUCAUGCAAGGCCUCAGCUACCUUCUCUACAUCGCCGCCGUGAUUAACUUCGUACUUUACCUGACGAGUAAAGUGCCAACCUUCGCGGCGCUGGAGUCAACGUUUUCUGUGCUGAGCGUCAUCUGCAUGGCCAGCUCGGUGCGCAUCUACACCUUCGUGAUGCUGAACCUGAACUGCUUUGUUCCUUCGUCGCCAACAACGACCACGACGACGGCGACGCCGGCAGCGGGCAACGCGGCGGGGGGAGGAAAAGGGCGAAUGAGUGAGGCGAAGGUCGCAGCGGAGAAAGCCCUCGAAGCCGCCGCCGGCGUCACGGAUGCCACGCCGGAGUGGUCGGCGGCCGUCAAACUGGCCUCGGUUCUCCCGUCUCGGCCGACGGAAGCGCAGAGGGCGGCGGCGGGGACCGCGGACACUGCGAGGCAGCCCGAGUAUGAGUUUCCCACCGUCUCUUACAUCAUGAACGACAAGCUUAUCAUCAGCUACCUGCUGUGUCUCACCAACAUUAUGUUGCGCCUCAUUGUGGACGUCUCGCUACACCGCAUCUGGGGCGAUGUGGAGCUUCCGUACUACAGGCUCAUCACGAUUGGCAACCUCUGCUUCUUCGCGUGUGUGCCGCUGGCGCACUACUCCGCCACGGACAAAGGCAUUCGUGUCUUCCACCCCUUCUCCGGCAGCGGCGGCUUUGUGGCUCUGCAGGUGCUGGGCUGGAUGCUGUACGCCACCUUCGUCAUCACGACAGUCUUUGGCACCGUUCUCGCGAUGAACUCUGACAAGGUCCCCGAGGAGCUGGUCACGGUCAUGAACCGGGGAAACGUCUUCUACACCCUGUUCGGUCUGCUGGAGCUGAUCCCGUUGGGGCUCAUCACCCUCUCGAUCGUUAUUGAGGCGCGGUACACGCUGGCCUCCGCCGUACAACAGCGCCUGGCAAAGGAGGCGUUCUUGGAGCUCCGUCGCAUCCUGCGUAAGGAGGUGCAGGACAAACCUGAAGACGAGAAAGCGGUCACGCAGGUCGCCUUCCAGACGUUGAUGACAGCAGCCCUGCGCAGCUUCUCGCUGCCCAUCUCACACAGCAUGCUGCGCCUGUACAAAGAGGACGCGGCGGAGCGUCAGGCCCGCAAGGCGUGGCCGCGGGUGCGCAGCGACGACGACGAGGACGAGGAAGAGGAGGAGAGUCGGGCAGGCAGCGCCAGCGACGUGGACGAGAGCUCGGACAGCUCCGACUGGGUCGAAGAAAAAGGAGAAGACGUGCUGACGCGGCAGCGUCGACAGGAGGGCGCGCGUGUCAUCGUUAUCCUGCUCUGCUGCGCCUCGGCGGCGUUUUUCGUCAUUGCCGCCUUCACCGCGCAGGUGCUGGUGCUGUCGCUCGCGUUUGCCGUCAUUGCCAUGCUCGUGACGACGGCCUCCUGCCUCGGCGUGCACGCGGGCUACGGCGCCAUUCUGUACGGCGACUCUGACACCUACUCGCCCUUCAUGCCCUUCCGCGGCGGCACGCCUUUUGUGGUGCGGCAGAUGGCCGGCUGGGGCUGCUACGCCAGCGCCUUCCUGGUCACGCUCAUCAGCUGCAUGGAGUCGGCCGAGGUGUCAGCCACUUCGAUGGUCCUGGCGGCCUUCUUGUCCGUCUGCAGCCAGGUCUUCAUCUUCACCUCCAUCCCGCUCUUUUCGGACCGCCGCGGCGAGCCACCCUUCCUCGAGGUGAACGGCGAGGGCAUCGUGGCGGUGCUGACGUUCGCGGCGGCCAUCGCCUUUGGCCGCGUGUACACCUCCGUCAUUGCCUUCUUCAAGGGCGACGCAGAGCAGCUGCAGUACCUCGAGAACGGCGGCACGUCGCGACGCACACGGGUGCCGUUUGUGCUGGUCGUCAUCAGUCUGUCCUUUGCCGUGCCGUGCACGCUGAUAGCGCUGAGUCGGACCAAGCGGCAGUGGCAGCAGGUGAUUCGAAAAGCGCGGCUCGCCGCCAGCAGCAGGGGUGAAAGCACCGAGGCCGCGAAAGGCGGCAGAUCCACCUCCAAGCAGAGUCGGCGCGCGUCGACGAAGGAGCCGGCGCCGCACAUGAUGCUGGCGACCGGCGUUGCGAACCUGCUCGAGGUGCUCGUUAUUCUUUUCGGCACCGUCACCCCAGCGACGGUCAUCGUCGGUGUGUACUACUUCUCCACUCACUACACCCCGUGGCUUGUGCGGAUAGUGGAGAGCUGGACACCCAUCUUCUUCGCCGUGACGACGAUGACGUUGCUGCUGUCGGUGGUGCCGUACCUGGUCAACGUCGGCGUGCCCCCGUUCGUCAUUACGGUGCGCGUCACCAUCGUGACGUGGGUCCUGUACAGCGUGCCAGUUGUUGCAGCUUCCUUUUUGCUUCUGCCGUGCGUACUGGCGCCGCGCUACAGCACAUGGUUCUUGUUUGGCGCUACAUUUGUGCUGACCCUUGUGGGCAACUUCAACCACGUCCGCGUCAUGAUCAAGAUGGCCGUGUACUUCUCCAUCGGUUACCUCAGCUAUAAUAAGUUCGUCUUCUACCAAGCGUGCGGCAGUUCCGUCUCCUGGCUGCUGGUGAUGCGCAUGGCAGGGGUGCACCUCCUCGACUGCCUCCUCCUGGGCUUCUGGUUGCUGUACAUCCCGACCUACUCUGGCAAACCGUUUCUCACCGGUGCGCAGCGCAGUGCCGCCUUCAUUGGCUUUAUGCGCAACUACGUAUUCACGGAUGCGCAGCGGUACUUCAACUUCAGCGUGCUGGUGGACGACCCGCAGGUGCAGAUGCGCGAUGGCAAGACGCAGUACCUGUUCUCCUUUCACCCGCACGGCGUCUUCCCUGGCACAGCCCUCUACGCCUCCAUGACGAACGAGUGGGUGCGCAAGAUCGGCAUCAACGCUGAGCGCUACGUUUCCACGCACGUGGCGAGCAUCAUCUUCAACGUGCCGAUUGUGCGUGACUUUAACCUCCGCCUCGGCGCCUUGUCGGUCAGCCGGCGUACGCUGGAGGCGAGUUUGCGGCGCGGCAACAGUGUGCUCAUCGUGACCGGAGGACAGGCGGAGAUGCUGCACACGACGAUCAGCCGGACGAAGAUGACCCUCAUCACGCAGCACACUGGCUUUGUGCGCCUGGCAAUCGCAAUGCGGGUGCCGCUCGUGCCGCUCCUGUCGUUCGCGGAGAACAACAUCCUCGGCCUCAUGCAGUUCCCGCGCAUCCAGCGCAUCGCGCUGAAGAUUGUCGGCUUUCCUUUUCCGAUGGUGGUGUACGGCCGCUUUGGACUUCCGCUGCCGUUCCGCAGCCGAUUGACGGUGGUGGUGGGCACGCCGGUGGCCAUCCCGGAAGGCGCCGACGAGAACAACCCCGAGGACGUGAAGAAGCUGUCAGAGGCGUACUUCGCAGCUGUAAAGGAGCUGUUCUACCGCCGUCGGGCGGAGGCGGGCUACCCUGAAAUGGAGUUGGAGCUUCGGAACGACAAGGAGGAAGCCGCAAAGCGAAAGGCAGCCGCGGCGGAAGCGAGGAAGGCGGCGGCGCAGUAA